GCAACGUCACUUCCGCUCCUCAGGCACGGGAAGAAGCUGCUGUUUAGGGGGCCGAAUGAGCUGCGAGGCCGCCGGGGCUCGUCUAGUUUAGCUUUGAGGGGCUCGGAGCGGACUGAAGCCCGGCUGGAUUAAUGUGGACAGGGCGGCGCGACCUGCCAGCAGGGCCACGACAAGCACAGGCAAGCCGAGUCAACAAUCCGGCUAACAGCUGCUAGCAAAGCAGAGGUGGAAAAAAAGCCUCUCCGUAGCUCUCACACCGCUCUUCCCUGUCGGGGCUCCAGUCUAACACAACACCUGGUGGAUGAAUGAUGUCUGCCGCUAGCAUCGACCCUCAGACAUCGAAAGGACAAGAUGCAAGCAAAGGUGAGAGAUUAAUGUUCACUGCAGGACCAGCGGUUCCUUUAUCCUUUCCAGUUUCAGUGCAGAAUGGCUCCCUCCACCAGAAGGACUCUGUGCAUGAUAAUGACUUUGAGCCGUAUCUCACUAGCCAGUCCAGUCAGAAUAACAGCUAUCAAUCCAUGACAGACCCAUAUCUGUCCAGCUACUAUGCCCCCUCUAUUGGAUUUCCUUACCCAAUCAAUGAGGCUCCUUGGUCUACAGGGGGGGACCCACCGAUUCCCUACCUGGCCCCCUACGCCCCUCUCAGUAAUGGAGACCACCACUUCAUGCCUGACACAGUGUUUGGGCAGCCUGGGGGUCUAAGCAGCAGCAUUUACCCUCACAGGUUUAAUUUUUUCCCAGAUAACCCGGCGUUCUCAGCCUGGGGCACCAGUGGCUCUCAGGGCCAGCAGACCCAGAGCUCGGCUUAUGGGGGCAGCUACAGCUACCCUCCGAGCUCUCUGGGGGGCACGUUAGUCCCCGAUGGCCAGACAGGUUUUCAUAGUGACACCCUGAGCAAAGCUCCAGGCAUUAACAGCCUGGAGCAGGGCAUGCUGGGCCUAAAAAUAGGUGGUGAUGUGACGGGAAGCGGCUCAGGUGUGAAGGGUGCGGGCUCCGUGAUAGGCGGCGGCGUCGCUGCAGCCGUGGCCACCGGCAACGGCGGCACGCCCAUCGGCAUGCCCCCGCAAAAGCCCACAUCAUGGGCGGCUAUCGCCAGCAAACCCGCCAAGCAGCAGCAGAAGGCAAAGAACAAGCCUGGGGUUCCUCUAGCCGGAGGAAUGCUGCCCCCGCCUCCCAUCAAACACAGCAUGGACAUCGACACAUGGGAUAAUAAAGGGACUGCUGCCAAGAUGGCUCCGCCGUUGCCCCACCACCACCACCACCAGCAUCACCAUCACCCAUCCCACCUUCACUCCCAUACUGCCAGCCUCAUACCUCCCCUACAGCAGUCCCUGCAGUCUGUCCAGUCCCUCGUACAGCAGAUGACCAUGCCAGGCCCUCCUCCAGGACCUCCACAGUCGUACCAGAACCACAACUCUGCUCCCACGCCUCAGACCAGGUGGGUGGCGCCGCGCAACCGCAACCUGUGCUACAGCGGGGGAAGCCUGGACAGCAGCGGCUCCUCCAACUGCGGCGGCGGCAUGGGGAACGGGGGAGUCGCCGGAUUCGUCCCCGCCGACCCGGGAGCGGAGUCCCACCCCGUUCUGGAGAAGCUGCGAGCGGCCCACAGCUACAACCCCAAGGACUUUGACUGGAACUUGAAAAACGGCCGCGUGUUCAUCAUCAAGAGCUACUCCGAGGACGACAUCCACCGCUCCAUCAAGUACUCCAUCUGGUGCAGCACGGAGCACGGCAACAAGCGGCUGGACGCGGCCUACAGGGCCAUGAACUCCAAAGGCCCCGUCUACUUGUUGUUCAGCGUCAACGGCAGCGGCCACUUCUGCGGCGUGGCCGAGAUGCGCUCCCCCGUGGACUACGGCACCAGCGCCGGAGUCUGGGCCCAGGACAAGUGGAAGGGCAAGUUCGACGUGAACUGGCUGUUUGUUAAGGACGUGCCGAACAGCCAGCUGCGCCAUAUCCGCCUGGAGAACAACGACAACAAGCCGGUCACCAACUCACGGGACACUCAGGAGGUUCCUCUGGAAAAGGCCAAGCAGGUGCUGAAGAUCAUCGCCCAGUACAAACACACCACCUCCAUCUUUGAUGACUUUUCCCACUACGAGAAGAAGCAGGAGGAGGAGGACGUGGUGAAGAAGAGCUACGAGCCAGUCUCAAUACAGAGUCGAUCCAGAAUUGAUCAGGAUCGCCAGAAGUGACCUGUAGAAGCUGGCCUCUGAAAGGUUGAUCAGCACUCAUGUUUGGGCGGACAUAAUCAAAUCAAAAUGACAACACAGAUGUAACAAGAAAAAGAAAAAUCUAAAUGUUUUCUAUUUAUUAACAACUUUGGCCCGUGUCAGACCUUUGAGCCACUUUGCUCUCUGGGUUGCAUCGACUUUGUAACGCGUGCAGGGAUGAAACUAAAUUUCACCAUGUAAAGUUAUUUUAAUAACAUCAGUAAACUUUUUUUAUCUUUGGAAGUUUACUCAGCUAAGUAAAACAAAAAUAUCUGCACGUCUGACCGACAACAUGCUGCUGAUAUUCAGUGACUGUUCACAUUGUGGUUUGUGUGUUGGAAGAGAUGUUAAGUGCUCGUGUUGGUUAAUCUAAUGAGUGGAGAACACUUUAAUGACAAACGUCUGCUAUCUGUGUGCGUGGCCACUUGUGUUUAUGUCAUCAACAUCAGAAGAAGAAAAAAAUGCCCAUUUUUCAUUGUAGGAAGCUUUUAACUUUGGUGGAAAACUGAAGGUUUCUGUUUGCAUAGACAUUUAUGUGCAAGGCUGUGGAAAAUUAAACCAUAAAUCUUACAAAUGGCUAUAAAAGAAUGAUUUAAAUCUGAUCUGGGAUGAGGUUUAGCAUUUAUUUUUUUUUUGGGGGGGGGGGGUGGAGUUUGGGGAACAAUGAAGCCUUAAAUUUCUUUUCAGCAUAGCAAGUGGGGGAUUUUUUUUUUCAUUUUAUUUUUUUUUUAUUUUCAGAUAGAGAUUCAGGGAAAAUGUUUUAUUUUAGAUUAACUCUUUGUGCAUUUAAACAAAGAAAGUUACAACCUAAUUUACAAAUUCAGAUAAAUUAAUACAAUUUUCUACAGUGUAGCACACUGCUUUUCAAUUUAAGCCAGAAUUUAUUUCUCUUAACACCGUUUUAAUCUUGACAUUUUAGGUUUCUCACUCCAUUCUCAGAAGCUUUAAUGUACCAACAGUUCUUACAGAAAUCGCCUCAAAAUGUUGAGCUGUAGCAUUAUUAUUGACUGAUUAAUUGUCAAGUGUAUGGAAACCCAGAGACUAGCCUGUGUGGUAAAUGUUUGUGACUUUUUUUGUUUUAAUUUUUUUUGGGUUUUUUUUUUUUUUCUUUUUUUAAAACUGCUUGCUGUAUUGUGCGUGUAUGCAAGAGUGGCAAAAACGCAGGGGAAUCAGAGUUAUACUGUAUAAUGGUGUUGGAAUAUAGAAAAUUUAUGCAAAAACUUUACGUCAUCCUUGGAUUAACUAUCUAUUGUAUCAGAGGUCACUAUAACAUUCUUAGAUUUGAUCAUGUUCGUUAUUAAAGAUAUACUUAUAUGUUUU